AGUUUCUCCCAGCAUGGACUACCGUAAACUUGGUCUACUGCUAUUUCUGUUAAACUCCGCCAGCACAGGUCAUGCCGCCCAACGUUAUCCAAAUGGACGUAUUAUAGGAGGACAAGUCGCCGAGGAAGGUUUGGCACCAUAUCAAGUCUCUCUACAAACCAUACCCGGUUCACAUUUGUGUGGUGGGGCCAUUAUCGACAAGGAAUGGAUAAUAACAGCGGCCCAUUGCGUCACCGGAUGGCCACCGGAAUUUCUACGCAUUGCUGUCGGCUCCAAUUUGUAUACGGAACCAUUGGCUAUCUAUCAUUUGGAUCGCAUCCACCUGCACUGUAACUACGAUCAUCCGAAAUAUCACAAUGACAUUGCCCUGCUGCAUGUGAAUAACACAAUUGAAUGGAAUGACCGAGUUAAACCCAUUUCCUUGCCCCGGGUGUUAUUAAAUACUACCGAUCCUUUGCUUCUCACCGGAUGGGGUUUGAUCUCUCUGUGGGAUCCACAUCCCGAGAAAUUACAAAAACUACAAAUGUUCCAGGUGACCAAUGGAGAAUGCUCCAAAAUGCUCGAGGAAUUCGAUGACCUGCAUUUGGAUGUGGGCCAUCUGUGUGCCUUUGUCAAACGUUAUCAGGGUGCCUGUCAUGGCGACAAUGGUGGUCCCUUGGUCUAUCAAAACACCCUGGUCGGCAUCCAUGCCUGGUCCUAUCCCUGUGCCGAUGGUUAUCCCGAUGUUUUCACCAAUAUCUUAUAUUAUCGCGACUGGUUGCGUCAGACCAUCAGCGGCAAUACGAAAUGUAAAAGUGUCACCACCUCACUAAACUAAACGAACAAAACCAAUAAUUAUUGUAAACUAAUUUAAUUUGUUAUUAAAAUUAAUUAACUUUUUUUAAAAAUGCAAAACCA